AUGGGCAAUUGCAAACAAUUUUUUACAUCAAAAGGAGCUGGCCAAUGGUUUUUGUGGUCUAUAACGUUGAUAUUCAUUACUGCCUUGUGUACCUUUACCAUUUUGGAAGUGAAAUCUUUGGAGGAUGAGGAACCCUCUGUGAUACGAAUUAUUCUGAAUACCAUAACGCAAAAAAGCGCCAAGACAAAUGGAGAUAAUUUGCCGACAAAUAACCAAUUUGUUUUGGUUAAUGUGGAGAGUGUGCAAGGCAACAAAGCCAUAGUGACACAAGAAGAAGGAGAAGAAGUAGGUGAAGACAAUACAACUGGAGAAUUGGAAAGAAAAGUGCGAGAUACUGAGGGGAAUACGCCAGCGAAUGUGAAUAAAACCAAUAACUCAUACUAUGAGGAACAAACACCAGUUUUGGUGUAUUCCAAGACAGACCAAGAGCCGCCAUUGUCCUAUAGACAGUCUGCCCCAACACCUUUUGAACACGGUUCACACGAAGAGCAACCGUACUAUGAUGAUUCAGUUAAUGACGACCAUGGUUAUUAUAGACCACAAUACGAUGAUGACUCCAGGGAAGAUUUUCCAGGUCCCCAGGAUUAUCCAACUGAUGCAUAUUCAGAUCAGGGUAGAUCGUCACAAAAUCAACCAUAUGAUUCCUAUUAUAGACAAUGGCAUUAUGCAACACCAUCACCAGUGUCAUCAGCAUCCAGUAGCAGUGUGAUGGCUACCCAGAGUUCACAAGGAAAUCGUAAAUUACAAACAAUGACAUCGGCACCUAAUGCAGGUGACAAGCACAGAGAUCCCUAUUAUGAUUAUGACUAUUUUGGUUAUCGUCAGAGAUCACCGCCAUAUCAUCCACAGCAACAACAAAUGCAAAGCUAUCAUCCUUCCCCAUCCACGACCAAUACAGCUGUACAAAAGCAAAAAGAAGAAAGCAGUGAAUUGAAUCUUAUAACCAUUUUGAAAACCAUCAAGACUAUGUGGGAUUUAUAUCAAUCAUUUAUUUCUGCAUGGAAUUCUAUGGCCGAACAUCAAAACCGACAAGAAGAAUUGAGGAGACAAAAAUUGGAAGAGCUACAGCAGCAGCAAAAGUUAAGAAUCAAUUCAAAGAAACCAACCAAAAUCGAGAAUAGAAAGAAACCCGAAAACAACAAUAACAAAAAUCCCAAGACAAAUGCUAAGCAAACAACGACCAAAGGACCUUCCACAAAAGUAAGCACAACAACAUUGGCUAGUAGUGCCGAAUCAUCUACUGAAGAGGAAGAAAUGCAGGUGACAUCACCGAAAGUCAAACAACAACUAAAUAAGGCUAAAGUUGAGCCACGCAAGGCGCCAAAAGGCGAAAAGACAGCGAUCACUGAAGCGGAAGGUUUACGGACAAAAAGACAGACGGCCAGUGAAUCCACAGAUGUUGGUGAGGGCCGUUACAUCAAAGGGGAUCCGUUGAAGGGCUAUUAUGAUUUCGUCAUUACUGAGGGUUCAUACAAAUUUUGGGCUGUAUUUCAGGUUGGCACAGCUUUAUUGAUUAUUUAUUCAACAUUUGCUGCUAUUUACUAUUCAAAAGUAAAUCCUCUUGUAAGUGAUUACGAUUACACGGAUUACUUGGGAGGUGCACGCUCCUUAUCUGGAGGUGAUCUGGAUUUCGUCGAUGAUGAGACGACCGAGAACGGUGUAAAGCAAUCGAAAGGAUGGCUCGAUUGGCUGCCACGAACAGGUCAUUCACUGAAGUUUAUAUUGGAUGCCAUAGAUAAGCUGCCGGUGGAUCAUGAUGUCGCCAAAGAAGCCAAUGGCAAUGCCGAAGAAUGGUUGGAAAGCACAACAGCGGACAAUGAUUAUUCCGAGGAUGAAAGCUCCAACAAUAAGGCCAUGUAA